AUGCGGGGGAAGAUUGUCAGAGAGGCGCCGGGCGCGUAUCACGCGUUUCUCGGGACGCACCUGAGCUCCGCGAAGGAGGACACGGCGACGCACAGGGCCGGGAACGUCGGGGUGGAGCACGCGUCGGUGGAGAACCUGAGGAACGCGGUCGCCGGCGCCAGGAGAGCGGCGUGCGCGGGGGGAAGCGCCGGGGUAUCGCGCCGCGAAUUUAGCCGAGAAGAUUUGGAACGGUGGGGUCUGUGCGGGCCGAACUCCGGGGCGCCGGAUCCCCGGUGGAGCGCGUUCGGCGGGGUCGGGGAGCGCCGAAGGCUGGUUGGGGAGUACCUGGGCGUCGGGGAGUGCGACGCGAAGCAGCUGGUGCGGCAGUUGAACCUCUUCUUCACCCGCGCCGAGGCUGAGGCGGCGCUGUCGAUGUUACCCGGCGAGGGCGAGUCGGUGCCGCGGAAGAUGACCGACGGCCGCGCGGACCGGAUGGCCAAGCUGAACGAGGACGACGAGGAGGAGUUCGACUUGUACGCGUAUUACCCGCCGGGGGUGGCGCCGCCGGGGUUCGAGUAG